CACGAAUUUUUCUGCCGCCUCCACCCUCCCUGUCUCUUCCCCCCUCCGCUCUCGCCCACCCUUUCCUCCCUCUGUUCUCUCUCUCCUUGUCCUGUGAAUUUACGGUCCUGCCCCUGCCCCGGGGGUGGGCCCCACCCGCCUGCCUUUCUCUUUCGUCGUUGUUUUUUUUUUUGCCCCGAGACCAUCCGCCUCCCUUUGUUCGGUUUGCCUUUUUUUUUUUCUUCCUCCACAGCCGGAGAGAGAGAGAGGAAAGAAAACUCUCUUUCUCCCCGUCUUUCUUUUUUCGACGGCUCGGCUGCGUGCUGACGUGGCGAGAGGCGAAGCGGAGCCGUCGAUAUGUCGCUCAGCGAGAAGCUGGAGGCGGCGCGUGUCGCUCUCGGCAAGCGCAAGGAGCGGGAGCGCGAGCUGCAGGCCGCGCAGGCGCAGCCCCCCCUCCCGGCGGUUGCGGCUAAACCCGAGCCGGGCAAGCCGGCUCCGUCCCGCGCCGCCGGCAACAAGCUGCUGGCCGGCCACCUGGCCCACGAGUUUCUCGCCCACGGCACCCUCCUGGGGCGCCGGAUCGAGCCGAGCCGCGCCGGCCCGGCUCAGGCCACGGCUCCGGCUCCCGCGGCGCGAGCCGAGCCGGACCCGAGGAGGAGGUACGCGGAGGUGUCCUGGCUGCUGAUGACCAGCGGGGCCCACGUCCCCGGCGUCGUCAACCCGACGCAGCUCGGCCGCUGGCUGCAGAUUAAGGACUGAGGCAGGGGGCCCAUGCCGGCGGGACAGGUGGCGCGGCGUCAUUGGCCGGGGGCGCCGAUCGAGGACGACCUGCGACUGCGAGGCUUGCUCUGACCUGAAGAAAACCGGACCCGAUUCUUGCCUGCUGGGAAUGGAAACAUCAAAGUGGUUUCGCCAUUUCCGCCUCUCCUCUGCUAUGUGCUCCUCCUUUUUACUUAUAUUAGAUUCCCUAGAUCUAGCGAGAUGAUCGAUGAAGAACUCCGUCGUGUACUAGCUUUUUAUUUGACGCAUCUUUGCAUACUGUUUCUGUGGUCGUACCAUGUAUAUCCCUGUA